AUGGUGAAUACCAAUUUCCGUGAAUUGUGUGAUCCAAGACUUGGUGUUACUACGGCGAGUACGGCGUUGCGGACGAACGAUACACCCCCAGGAAAGUCUAAACGGAAUGAAAACAAAACGUGCGCUUGGCGGUCGUGGCUGCACUGCCGAUCGGCGCGGUCGCCAUUGUUCCGCGUGUACACCGCCCGCCGAUCGACUGCCGCCGUCGCCGUCGUCAAACGGUUGGAAUCGACCGACGCGGCGACGCCAAACACUUGGUUAAUGGUUUGA